AUGCGACCACCACGCCUCCUCGUUUUUCUUUUCUGUCUUAUCUUCUUCCCUAUCUUUCUGACGUUGUUCUCCGCGCUUUCUUCCUCACAUGUGGCGACACCCAGCACCUUGACCGGACCGGCUUCCGGAUUGCAUGCGCUAUUUUCUUUCAACAUUCCGACGUCCCUUUUCCCGCCCUCCGCCAUUAUCAGCCUUACUGACGACAAUUCGACCUUCUUCCUGGCCCGCCCGGCGGCCUUUGGCCCGCUCUUACCAAGCAAAGGUCUUAGUGGCCAGAUUUGGGUCGGUAGUGGAUUCGGCGAAGGAGGAUUGGCUGCUGGUACCGAGGGCGAACUAGGCUGCUCCGAUAUCCCAGGAUGGAGUGACACAAAGCAGGAGACUGUCUCCAGGGGUGCAGAGCAGAAGUCCGGCAAGUCCGGCAGUGGUACAGUGAAAGAAGGGGUUGUUUUACCAAAUUCGCGAUCAUCAUUACAACAUGAUAUCUCCAGGCUGAAUGAUCGAGGCGACUUUGUUGCGACUCCAUCCUCGAAUGACGGCACCGAUGACCACUUACAUCACCCCUGCCCGAGUCCAUCGACGCAUGCCGAUAUCCAAUCUCUCCAAGAAACUGCCGAAAUCCAGGGCAAGGUUGUUCUCUUAAGCCGUGGGGGAUGUGGGUUCCUGGAAAAGGUCAAGUGGGCUCAACGGCGCGGGGCUGUUGCUUUGAUUGUGGGCGAUGACACUCGUGGAGGUAGCCUGGUCACCAUGUAUGCGCGGGGUGAUACAUCCAACGUUACCAUUCCAGCCUUGUUCACCUCGCACACAACCGCUCACUUGCUCUCCUCAUUAAUCCCAGGGCAUUCGUCAGCAAACGCUGACCUUGGUCAAAUAUUCAAAUCUUUACAAGCAAGUCUGGCUGGCCAGACUCUUGUGGACGUCCAGAAAGCUACUGCCACAGCUACACCAGUUGCGAGUGCUACACCAACUCCCAUUUCCUCUGCAACUCAAGACGAACCAAUCGCUAGCACGAAGUCAAGUAUCGGAUUCUUCCGCAAAAUUGGCUCUUUAUUUGGUCUCUGCAACAAGUUGAGCCAUUCCGGAAGCGAGCAACAUGGCCAACGCUCGCCCGGCAGUGGCAACCUUGAACUGAAGGGAUCGAGCUCAUGGAGUCCUGUAUUCGAAUCGCGGGUCGAUCGUUCUAAGAUAUCGACAGAAAAAAGCCAUGGAAGAGAAGGCAAAGCUGAGAGGAAAGAUGUCACUCAACCAGGCCUUGAAACAUCUGAAGACAUCACGAACGAUGACUUUGUCAUCGGAGUUCAAGACUGGCGAGACCCUGAUGUGAUGCUCCCGCGAAGCAGCUUACUUCCAACCGCUACUACUUCUGUGAAUGGUAAAGACACGGUUAAGACAUCCACCCUGCAAGUCGAUGCUUUAUCUUCGCCUAAUGUUCUCCGCGGAGGAAGCAUUACGCCCGGGAGUGGGGAGUACCAAAGUAUCGAUAAGUCCACAGGGAAGUUUCGUGACACCGACGCCAAAGAGAUCGGAAUCGAGGCCCAUAUAAGACCUGGCGCAUCAGAUUCCACGGCGAAGAACUGGUUUUCGAGUCAUUUCGGCUGGACCGAGGACAAGAUCCAAGCUGACAUGGUUCAAGACGUAAUGCCAUCUCCUUCUCUCUCGGUCCUGAAUAUCGCAGCGAACACACAGACCCCCAGUGCCGCAAAGGCCAGCAGCCCUGCUGCGGUAUUCUCUGAACAUGAGGGCUUAUGGGUUACUUUGACCCCAACGAGCAUGUCGACCAGUCCAUUCUUUGAUACGCUUCUGGUCCUCGUGGUUAGUCCUCUAUUGACACUAACAGUGGUUUAUGCACUCUUACUGCUCCGAUCUCGGAUUCGGCGCCGCCGCUGGCGUGCUCCCAAAUCAGUUGUUGAGCGUCUCCCUGUCCGAACAUACCAUACAAUCUCCACGUCCUCCUCCACCAGCUCCACUCGGUCGUGCAGUCCGGGUUCUAUUACGCAGACAUCUCCUCUCCUCGGAAAUGAACGCAGACGUAGUCCAUCCCGACCAGUUCGGUCACGCUCACAGACAAUCGCAGGAGCCCCAGUUUCUGCCCCUGCGCCAAGGGAGGAGAAGUCGCAUAGCGUGCAGUCAGGGUCGACUUUAUGGCGCCGCAAAUACACUGGAAGACAAGUUGAGUGCGUUGUGUGCCUUGAAGAAUAUGUCGAUGGACAAAGCCGGGUGAUGAGAUUGCCUUGUGGGCACGAGUUCCACGCGGAGUGCAUUACGCCUUGGCUGACGACUCGUCGACGGACCUGUCCUAUUUGCAAGGGUGACGUCGUUCGUUCUUUGGCCCACACGCAUGACGAGGACUCUCAGGCUCACGACGAACAGCCUGCCAAUACUAAUGGCCAAGAAGAGGCUUCUCGGCUGGACUCGUCGUCCGCGCCUGUCCUCAUAGUGGGCGUGAAUGAUGACGGUUCAGAUGCCGAACAGAACGCAGGGCUUCUAGACGGCCGGCCAACAUCGGCACCACAGUCUAGUUGGCGGCAUCUGGCUUCCUUCAGUCUUUCCGCCCUUAGUGGCGACACGAUUUGGCACCAGGCUCGUGCGGAUCGGAACCGCUGA